CGCCUCAACCAGCCUCCAUCCCUCAUUCAUCAACGAGCUCGACGAUGUCAUUGCUGGGCGAGCUCCCGUGUCGCUGCCAUUCCCCAACCUCGAGCUCUACGGCUCAGUCUACUCUCUGGUCCGCGACGACGCCAGGGAGAAGAAGAUCUUCUCGCGCGGCUUUAACACAGUCGUCGCCCGAGUAUAAGAGCUGUUCGAGGCUAUGAGGUCAAGGCCGGCUGGCGAGCGCGCCGCGCAAAUUGCCGGCUACUACACAAAGGGGCAGCUGCGCAAUCUCUUCCGGCACAUCACGUCAUAUGAUGCUGGGAGGCAGAUACACGAGCGGCAGCUGGCAGUGUACAAUGGCAAGAGGCUAGGGGAGCUCUUUGCCACAAUGACGCUGCAAAAUAGGAGGGCAAGCGAGUUUCGCCUAGCAGACAUCCUCGAGCAGCAGGACGAGGAUGCCAUCGCCAAGCACUCCGCCGGUCGCAGCGACUAUCUCCUUCAUACCGGUGUGCCAACCAAUCCCGCGUACAAGAUCGUCAAGGACGACGGAUCCUUCAGCAAGAAGCCUAAACCGACCAAGGUGCAGGCACUGGUGAAGACGCGGGAGAGGACGGCUGUGGCCCCGAUCAGCAAAGGCAAGAUGUCGGCGGAAGAGAAGCUCGAGAAGCGCCAAGAAUUGCGCUCGGGCGAAGGCGCCCGUGAUCUGGAGAAAGGGGACAAGCCUUGCGACAUCUGCACGGUCGUCCUCACCCACGACAUCCUCACCGCAAGGAUGCCGGGAGCCGUGGCGAAGGAGGGGUAUCGCAUCGUCUGGCACAACGCCAGCCUCGAUGCGAUCAAGCCGCGGCAUCUUGGGUUCGACUACGCCAACAAUGCCGGUUGGCUGUGCCAUGGCUGCAAUCUGCUCAAAAGUCGUAGGCCUCUCGCAUGGGCCAAAGAGCAGAUUCAGCAGGUCGCUCUUGCGCUCAUGAUCGUCGACCAGGACGGCUUCAUGGCGACGCCUCCGCCGCCUAGGCGAACUCCCCUCUCCGAGAAGGAAUUAAAGGCAAUCCGUGGACAAGCAGAUGUGAUCAUCCAUCACAUGGAGACCGCCAUCGAGCUUGAGCCGUGGAAGAGGGGAGACAUAGACAGGCAGUGGGUCGAGGAAGAGUUGGCGAAGAGAGAAGACGUAUAUCUCAGGUAGAAUAGCACGUUCAUAGGCAUCAACACCCGCGUCAUUCGCAUCGAUAUGAAUGAAAACAUCUUACACGGUUGGGCGCUGCGUGCGAGUCGUGAGCAGGUGAGAACGGCUGGUGGGCGCACCCACAUUCGUCUGCCUGCC